CCAAGAUGUUGCCAUAUAUCUUGACUCCUGGGUCGGCAUGGUGCAAAGCUUCAAGACGGAGCUUACAGUCCGAUUCCCUGACGGGUCAACAUGCAUACUUCAAGAAGAUGACGCACUCGACUUGGAAGAUGCUCUAGAUCGGAGACUGCCGUCGUCCGAGUUCAAGGAGGAAGGCUUCUACAAGGGCCAGAGGCUGUGCGGCCCGAUGUCGUGCUUCGAGGGGGCCCGCUGGCUCAACUGCACCAAGGAGACCAAAGCCCUGCUGAGCCGUCCACACAAGCACGUCCGCGUCACCGUGGACGACGUGAAGGUGGUGUACCUAUUUGUGCAAGGUGUAUGCAAGGCUUACCAGGACACAUCCAAUGGGAACAACCAGAAUGAUGAACUCAUCAAGUAUGUCAUCGAAGGAGAGGCACUGGACAGGGUGAAGAUGAUCAACAUAUUCGAGCGGUGUGCUCUGCAGAUUGGAGAUCGUAAUUACUACACCCUCAAGGCCACCGACAACAUUGUCACUCUAGACCAGUGGAAGCGACAUUGUGCCUCCAAGUACUCCCCACCUGUUCACAACCCUGAAUGUCCACAGGCUCCCGAAAACGAGGGCGUGCGGCAGCAACCGGCCGCCGUGGUGGCCAGUCAUGGCGACACGCGCGAUGGCGAGAACAACCGCGACUUACAGGCGUGUCAGGACGGCACGGACUCUGACUACGAGGACGUUGAGGAUGACGAAGCGAGUGGCUCCGACUCGGUCUCCGGGACGAGCGGCUCGACAGUGUCCUCCAUGGACCACCACCACAGGCGGACUCCCGCGUUCCGGCGAGGCAAGCACGGCCCAUCGCUAGCGACCAAGCUGCUCAAGAAGCCCAAGCUUCGUCGGGCGCGCAAGCGUCAGCCCAUCAAGCAGCCCUCCAUGAAUCCCGGGGACGUGCUGGUCACCGAGACCCUGGCCACUUACACCACUGCCCAGGUUGUCUGGCAGGACGGCAGUGUAGAAAAUGGAAUUCCCUCUGCAGACCUCUACCCCAUCCACCACUUGGAUGGCCACGAAUUCUUUCCUGGGGACUUUGUUGUGGAAAACACAGACACCCCUCCCGCCCAUGAGUACGCAGUGGUCAAGAAGGUGGACCACUCUGGAAGAACGGCGGUUGUGACAAAAUUCAAGACCUACAUGGCCGGCGCAGACCCCCACCCCGAAGAACUCGGCGUGGAAGAGGUGAGCGUCUACGACAUCAAGGACCAUCCAGAUUUCAAGUACAGGCCCGCGUCCUGCGUCAUCAGGGUGGCCAACUUUGAGUCGGAAGGGCGAUGCCCUGCGCAGGACAAGGAGUCCGAAUCGACAGCGGGCCAGGUGGUGGAUGUCCACCCGGCGGGCAAGGUGGAGGUGCAGUGGGUGAGCGGCAAGACAUCGCUGUGCUACCCACAGGAGCUGUACCGCAUCGGUGAAUACGACUCGGACGACCUCUGGGACGACGGGGACGAGGAGGGCGACGACGAGUCCUGCUCGGGUGACGAAAGCUGGGAGACCCAGUCGGAGAAGUCACUCGUCGGAGACCUGAUGUCUCCGGAAGACACAAAUGCACCGUCAGAGCUUAUCGAACCGCCGCCCAUCGAUGGCGACGCCACCAAGGACGACAUCUCCGCUGUGGUGGAAGCGGCAACAGCCGCGGCACAGGCGCCAGUUGAUCCUUCGGAUCCACAGAGCCUCCGCGCCAAGAUGCAGGGGCAGAUCGAACUCCUGCGGCUCAGCAUGGCUCGGCUAGAAGAAACGUUCACGCAGAAUCCUGGGCAGCAGUCGUGUUCGGUCAUCCGUAGGCUUCUAGAGUUGUACAGGCAUUGCAAGCACUUUGACCAGCUACUAGGAACCAACUACUUCCAGCAACGGCACCUGCACGUGCUUGUGGAACGCAUCCGGCAGCGGGGCCGCAUUAACAGCCCCCAGCACGUGUCCGAACAGAUCACCCGCCUCUUCUCGGCCUCCCUGGACGCCGCCCUGCACGAUGAGCUCGGCACGCCCGACAUCCCCGAGGAGAACAUCAUCAACGAGCAGUUGCAGGCGUCGGAGGGUGCGCAGUCGCCACCGCCGACGCAGCCGGCCAAGGAAGAGACGGGUAUCCAGCACCUUACGAACCCGCAGCCACGGAAGCCCACAAGCGUCAGCUGCCGACUGGAAGGCAGUGGAGGCGGCUCGCUCGAGCCGCGCAACAUCUGCCAGCAGUUGUGUGCCAUACUCAAGGCGAGGUUGCUGCGAGCACACGAGGAUGUCCAGGUUCGGUUUGGCAUGACGCCCGCUCAAGUUGAGAUCGCAGCCAGUGACGCUGCCUCUGAGCCGGACGUGGACGUCGCAAAGAUGGACGAGGCUCUGGAAGCCGUAGCCACUGUCGAAGCGGUAGUGAAAGAAUCUGAGGAAAGCUUUCCAAGAGUCGUCAACGAAGCUGAUGACGAGCAGAACAGCAAAGGACAAGGAGUGUUCUCAAUGAUGGAAUCGGUGCCCGACUGCCACAAGUACAAGCUCUCAAUACUGCAGCCAAACGACCCCAAGCUUUUCUUCAAAGUUGUCAAAAAAGAGAUCAAGCUUCUCACAUCAUCCCUACCUGAUGGCAUUCACGUAAAGGCCUUUGAGGACCGCAUGGACCUGUACUCGGUGCUGAUCAAAGGUCCCCGGCGGACACCCUACGAGGACGGCCUGUUCCUCUUUGACUUUCAACUGCCGGCCGAGUACCCACAGUCGCCGCCGCAGUGCCACUACGUGUCGUACUGCAGCGACCGGCUCAACCCGAAUCUCUACGAGGGAGGCAAAGUCUGCGUCAGCCUCCUGGGAACAUGGAGCGGCAAGGGCUCGGAAAUGUGGUCGGCAGAAACUUCAAGCCUCCUGCAGGUGCUCGUUUCCAUACAGGGUCUCAUCCUAGUCUCGGAGCCAUACUACAACGAGGCCGGCUACGAGCAGCAGAGGGGCUGCCAGCAUGCUUUCGAGAACAGCCGCAUGUACAACGAGAUGGUUGUGCUCAAGCUGGUGCAGUCCAUGGGGCGCAUGAUCCUGAACCCUCCCGAGGUCUUCAGGGAGGAGAUCGAACAGCACUUUAGGGACAAUGCAGAUAGGUUUGUCAAUCGGCUGGAGGGCUGGCUCAGGCUGUCUGACGCCUGGCACACGAGCUGCCCGGGAUCCCAGGCCACUCCCGAAACGCUGAAGGCCUUUGCCGAGCAAGGUGACUAUGGUGUAGCCGGCAGCAGUGCAUUCCCAGAUUUCCCGCUGCUACCGGCUUCCCGAGGCUUUUGCCUGACCCUGCGCAAGGCUCUGACGGGCUUCAAGGAGAUCCUCAAGUCCCAGGGUCUAGGCUGUUUAGCCCAGAUCAGCCAGGGCCAGAGCCACUAGCCAAAACUAGCCCUUCUUCGCCUCUUUUUAAUUUUUUUUCUUUGAGGGGCUAGCUUGUGUAAAUUGUAAAUUUGAGCAUUGUUGGAAAUUGUUCUUUCGCAAGGCAGUGAGAGAAAGCAACUGCUGAACAACGUUAU